AUUGCACGUGUAAUCAACAUGGCUGAGACAGGAGAGAAAUUGAGUAAAAACUUAAAUUAAAAGGAAUCUAGGUUUAUUUAUGCAAAGAGUAAGAGAAAACUUUGGAGUUUGGUACAUAGAAAAUUAAAAUGUUUGCUGCAAAACUCUUUAAAAAUAUUAGUUUCUCUAAAAUUCUUCUGUCUAAGUCAUGCAACAAAAAGCUCAUUCCUGCAUUCAAUUAUUUGACUGAAGAAUUUCAUACAUCUGUGUCAUAUUGUAAAACGCGUGAAUUGAAGAGGAGAUUAAAGGCUGAUAAGAAAGCAAAGGAAAAAGCUGAAAAAGCUGUUGUAGUACAAGAUAAUGAUAAGAAAGAAAAACUUAAAGAAGAUGAAUUGGAUGCUGGGGCUUAUUUUGAAUAUCGGUCAAAUCUUGUGGCCCAGCUGAAAGAUAGCCCAGUUCAUCCUUACCCCCACAAGUUUGAUGUAACCAUGUCUUUAACAGAAUUUAUAGAUAAAUAUGAGAAUUCUAUAGAACCAGGAACUGUGUUAGAAGAUGCACCAGACAUAAGAGUUGCAGGUAGAAUCCAUUCUAAGCGAGAAUCAGGAGCUAAGUUAUUGUUUUAUGAUUUAAGAUCAGAAAUGACUAAAAUUCAAGUGAUGGCCAAUCUCAAUGAUACUAACAAUAGAGACGUCCUAGAGAACAGCCAAUCGGCAAUAAGUAGGUCACCUAUUUAUAGUAAAACUAAGACUGGUGAAUUAAGUAUCAUACCAUCAAGAUUAAUAUUAUUAUCACCAUGCUUACAUCAGUUACCACAUAUGUAUUAUGGUGUUAAGGACAAGGAAACUAGGUUCCGACAGAGAUAUUUAGAUAUGAUUAUUAAUGAACCAGUAAGAAUGAAGUUUAUAACUAGAGCUAAAAUCAUCAAUUAUAUUAGAAAAUUCUUCGAUAAUAUGGGUUUUUUGGAGGUAGAAACACCAAUGAUGAAUAUGAUACCUGGUGGUGCUACAGCUAAACCUUUUGUUACUCAUCAUAAUGAUUUAAGUAUGGAUUUAUAUAUGAGAGUUGCUCCUGAAUUAUAUCUUAAGAUGUUGGUGGUAGGUGGAUUAGAUCGUGUUUAUGAAAUAGGUAAACAGUUUAGAAAUGAAGGUAUUGAUAUGACCCACAAUCCAGAAUUUACCACCUGUGAAUUUUACAUGGCUUAUGCUGAUUAUAAUGAUCUUAUGAAUAUUACAGAAACCUUAGUCUCAGGGUUAGUAAAGAGUUUAUUUGGUGGUUAUAAAGUUAUAUAUCAUCCUGAUGGACCAGAAGGUGAAGCUGUAGAAGUAGAUUAUAGUCCACCAUUUAAACGUAUUAGAUUAAUACCAGAAUUAGAGAGAUUAUUAAAUGUUAAAUUUCCUGAUCCAACAACAUUUGAUACACCAGAAACUAGAAAGUUUUUUGAUGAUUUAUGUGUGAAACAUCAAGUAGACUGUACAGCACCUAGAACUACAGCCAGGUUAUUAGAUAAGCUUGUUGGUGAUUAUAUUGAAGAGAAAAUAAUUAAUCCUACAUUUAUUACUGAACAUCCACAAAUCAUGAGUCCACUAGCUAAAUGGCAUAGAUCUAUACCAGGUUUAACAGAAAGAUUUGAAGCGUUUGUUUGUAAGAAAGAGAUCUGUAAUGCCUACACUGAAUUAAAUGAUCCUGUAGUACAGAGAAAUAUGUUUACACAGCAAUCAAAGGCUAAAGCUGCAGGUGAUGAUGAAGCUAUGUUUAUAGAUGAGAAUUUCUGUAUAGCUCUAGAAUAUGGUUUACCUCCUACUGGUGGUUGGGGUAUGGGUAUUGAUAGAUUAACUAUGUUCUUAACAGAUUCUAAUAAUAUUAAGGAAGUGCUAUUAUUUCCUGCAAUGAAACCAGAUGAUCAGAAUACUGCCGAGAAAGCUGAAGAUGGUGCUUCUGCAGCUAAAACUAGUUGAUAAUAGACCAAAUAAUAUAGCAAUUGACCAAUUAAUUUCAAUCUUUUAUUGUACAAAUAAUUUACAGUCUGAGCAUUGCUUUAAUUUCAUGUUCAGAGGAAAUCCCAGUUCAUAUUUUCUUCUUCAGUAAAGUGCUUCAAUUUCAAUCAAUGUAUAAACUUUCUACUUGUCAAAUUUAAUUUAUGAAAAUAAAUAAUUGUACAGGACAUGUUACAUUUCAAUACACACCAAUAUUUAGUGUCAAAAUAAAAUACAUUUGAUAUU